GCCCCUUUAAAUAUCUGCAGCAUAAUCAGGGAGGCCUCUGAACUGGGUCAAUGCAAAAAACACCCUCAGUUUGUUUGUGGGGGAGAGAGAGAGAGAGAGAGUGUGAGUGAGUGAGUGAGUGAGUGAGUGAUUCCUCUUGAAAUACCAAACAUUUGACAACUUUGAAAUUUAUAACGUACGAGAGACAGACCGCUGGAACUGUGUGGGGCUCGAUGUGAUUUGAGGAGCUGUUCCUAUUGAGCCCUGAAGGAUGUCACACCGAGAGUUUAUUGAGGUUUCCACCAAUGAACGAGAGAUACAAUUUGACCCGAAUGAGCUCCAGCUGGAUGAGGAUUUCAUUGACCACGUUGAUGGGGAAGACAAUCCAGAGAAGUUCCUGAGUCCGUUUUUAUUGGUCUACAACAUAAAGCCUUUCAAAGAGUGCAACCGACAGGUGUUUAUGAGAGGAGUCCCAGUGAUUGCUUACAUUGAAGGCAUUGAGCGUCACCUCCGGGGAUUCAAGGUGCGGCCGAGCACUCUCUACAUGGUGCGGAUUGUGCACGGCGACUUCACGUGGACGGUGAAGAAGAAAUUCAAGCACUUUGAAGAACUCCACCGAGAACUUCUGAAGCACAAAUUAAAGCUCCAGGUCAUUCAGCCCUUAACCAGGCUUAAAUCCAUUCAUGGGAGGGGGCAUGCAUCAGGAGCCAGGCAAGAACCAAGGGCUGCCUCAGUACCAGCUCUUCCUCGCCAGCCACAGUGGACCUCCAUGAGAAGUGCUUCUAGUAAACAGAAACGUCUGGAAGAGUAUCUGAACAUACUGCUUGAGAAGACUUUCUACAGAAACUACCAUGGAAUGAUGGCAUUUCUGGACGUGAGCGAAUUGUCCUUCGUUCAAGACUUGGGUCCGAAAGGAUUGGAAGGCAUGAUUGUAAAACGCUCCGGAGGACACAGGAUUCCUGGCUUAAACUGCUGUGGCCGACAUCGGGUUUGUUACAGGUGGUCAAAGAGGUGGAUGGUUAUUAAGGAUUCCUUCUUGCUAUAUAUGAGACCCAGUAAUGGGAUCAUCUCCUUUGUUUUGCUGUUUGACAAAGGAUUCAAUGUCCAAGUUGGCAGCAAGGAUACUGGUGCUAAAUAUGGAGUGAUGAUUGAAAAUCUGUCCAGGACGUUAAUCAUCAAAUGCAGCAGUUACCGGCAGGCGUGCUGGUGGAAACAGGAGAUAACCAAUCUGGCUGAAAGGCACGGUCAAGAUUUCCUGACGGAGCAUCGAUUUGAUUCUUUUGUUCCAGCCCGACACAACAUUCUGGCCCGAUGGUUUGUGAAUGGCAGUUCGUAUUUCUCUGCUGUAGCAGAUGCUUUGGAACAAGCUAAAGCUGAGAUCUUCAUCGCUGACUGGUGGCUGAGCCCUGAAAUCUACCUGAAAAGACCAGCAAAGGAUGACUACUGGCAGCUGGAUAAUGUUCUGAAACGCAAAGCAGAGCAGGGAGUGAAGAUCUUUGUCUUGCUGUAUAAAGAGGUGGAAUUGGCACUAGGCAUUAACAGUGACUAUAGCAAGAGGACGUUGACAUCUCUUCAUUCGAAUAUAACGGUGAUGAGGCAUCCAGAUCACGUCUCCUCGACCGUACUGCUGUGGGCGCACCAUGAGAAACUGGUGGUGAUUGAUCAGUCGGUAGCAUUUCUCGGUGGAAUUGACCUGGCGUACGGGCGGUUUGAUGAUCAUGAGUAUCGUAUCACAGACUUGGAAAACCCAGAUCAAGUCGAUCACAAGUCCGAGCUGAUUCUUGAUCACAACAACGCAGACCAUUCAGAGAGGCAUCAGGAAAGUGAGGACUUCAGCAAUGAGAAGCCUAAGGAACAUCUGCUUAUUCCUGACCAAACAAACCAAAAGUUCUGGUUAGGAAAAGACUAUUGCAACUUCAUUCUGAAGGAUUGGGUGCAAUUGGACAAGCCUUUUGAGGACUUCAUCGACCGAUGCACGACUCCACGCAUGCCAUGGCGUGACAUUGGCGUGGUGGUGCACGGCGGAGCGGCACGUGAUGUAGCCCGGCACUUCAUACAGCGAUGGAACUUCACCAAGAUCGUGAAGGCAAAAUACAAAGCUCCUCUCUUCCCCUACCUAUUGCCAAGGUCUCACGAUACUGCAGACAAGCUGCCGUUUGUCAUUCCAGACUGUGUAACCUCUAAUGUUCAGGUCCUCCGAUCAGUUGAAUGUUGGUCUGCUGGUUCAUGUGAAAGUUCCAUCUACAAUGCUUAUUUGCAAGUGAUUCGUGACAGUGAACACUUCAUAUACAUUGAGAACCAGUUUUUCAUCAGCUGUGCGGAUGAACGAAAUGUGUACAAUCGGAUUGGAGAUGUUAUUGUAGAUAGGAUUCUCAAAGCACACAAUGCGGGGAAGACAUAUCGUGUUUACAUUCUCGUUCCGUUAUUACCUGGAUUUCAAGGCGACAUAACAACUGGCGGGGGGAAUUCAAUCCAGACCAUUCUGCACUUCACUUUCCGCACCAUGUGCAGAGGGGAGCAUUCAAUCAUAGAACGCUUAAAACUCGACAUGGGGGACGACUGGGUCAAAUACAUAUCGUUUGCUGGGCUGAGGACCAACGCUGAGCUGGACAACAAAUUGGUGACGGAACUAAUCUACGUCCAUAGCAAAAUGCUGAUUGCUGAUGAUAGACAAGUAAUCAUCGGUUCGGCCAACAUCAAUGACCGCAGCAUGCUGGGGAAGCGUGACAGUGAGAUGGCGGUUCUUGUUGAGGACACUGAGAUGGUGACAUCCAUCAUGGACGGUGAGGAGUAUCAAGCAGGAAAGUUUGCCCUACGUCUCCGGCUCCAGUGUUUCAAGGUACAACUUGGAAUACUUGAUGAACACACUCCAGAUAUUCAGGAUCCAGUGAGUGACCGAUUUUUCCAGGAGAUCUGGAAUGCAACAGCCACGACAAAUGCAGCUAUUUAUGAUCAGGUUUUUGGAUGUCUUCCUUCCAACUCUGUUCGCAGUCUUAGCAUGUUAAGAGACUUUGUGUCGACCCCGGUUCUUGCGGCUGAGGAUCCUGAGCAAGCUCGGGAAAAGCUUAAAAGUAUUAGAGGAUUCUUGGUGCAGUACCCACUCUUCUUCUUGUGUGAAGAGUAUCUUCUUCCCCCACUCAAUAGUAAGGAGGGAAUGAUUCCUACGGAAGUUUGGACUUGAUGAAAAUGGUUUCCAUUUAGCUGAUGGCACAGCAAAAGGUCUCCCCCACCAGUAGUCUGGAGUUCUUACACCAGCAGCAAACUGCAAGUUUUUCAAUUCUGAACUUCUUUGUUAUUCCUGCAUAGUGGUCCGUUUCAAGACUGUUUGAAUGGCUUAAAACACUGAUAGAAUUAACUCGAAUGGCUUCCGUUGUGAGGGAUACUGAUGCAUUAUUGCUGGACUAUAUGGACACUUUGUGAGAACAGGUGAGCCAAACAAAUUUCAGCAUGUCUUUAAGCCCAUUCUGAAAACUUGGGAGAUGAUGAAAAAGACCUGAAUGUAUACUCUGACUAAAUCCAUAACUCUGGAUUGCUUUCAGAGAGCAGUGCAUGUUAAUUAUCCUCUUAAUUUCUUUUCUGUUGUCUUUUGUGAAGUGUUGCACGUCCUGUGGUAGGAAGAAAUCUACUCGUGCCCACCGCGGUCAAAGAGUUGGAGAAAUAGUGUUACAGGGAAUUCGUUUGGCCUAUGUGUCAGAAAUUGAGAAAUUUGGAAAAUUUUCUUUGGGAAGGAAUCUGCUUCAAACAGAAUAAGAAAUAAGGACAUUUCCUAUAAAUUUAACUGUGUGGGUGGGUGGAGGGAGUUGGGGGGAGCAGAUUUGAAGGCCUGUUGACUUUAUUGAUUAUCCACACUUCAGCUUUGAAUGUCUUCGAACACGCAUAGUUUAAAUAACACUAGACUUAAUGUAACUUUAGUUCCAAUACAAAGCCCUCAUGUGGUAAUGGAAGGAGUUGGAUCGGUUCACCGGUAGAGAAACUAGCACAGGAUAUAUAGUGACCACUUUCUUGACGUAAUUCCACUCGGCCACCAAGUCUACAAAGUCUGGAAUCCAUGAGGUUACAACAAAAAGAUAUCUUGAUGACGUGAUAAGGCGCUAUAUUAAAUGUCAGGAUGAUUAUUAUUAUAAAACAAAUCAAACAAUUUCAACUUACUGGAACAAAUCAAUAUUUUUCUAUUAAAAGUAAUUGAGAGUGUAGUUAACUUUUUUUUGUAUUCUUAUUUUCCUCUAUGGUAAAGCACCUGGGUAAAUACCAGUAAAUAUCACCUUUAAAUAAAGCUACUUGCAGUCUGCAGCCUAUCUUUUUGUGUACCUGUUCCAGAAAAACAUCUCCAGUUAUAAGUUUCAGGAAUAAGUUUCACAAUUCAAAGAAGCGGGAGAGUUGGACAGAUUAAUCUCACAAUGACUAAAAUCAAUUUAUAUUGCAGCAUUCCAUUUUAUAUAUAUAUAUUUACAUAUGCUUUUUGUAUGCAUGUUCUUAUGGGGGAGGGGGGGGGGAGGAAGAGAUAUGAGUUAUUGCUCUGAAGUCUCAAGACUAGAACUGAUUCUGAAAUGAAAAAUAGCCUCUCUCCCCCACCCAGUUCAGAUAGUACACUUAUGCACAAGAAUAAAAAUUGCUUCCAUAGUUUAAUGCUGUAGAAGUUUCCAGAUGUGUUUGCAUGGUUUCCUUUCAGCAGCUCACACUGAUAAAUGUGAUAUUUUGUGAUACUUAUAAUAAAAUAUGAAUUUGGAUUCUGA